AUGCGCCUCUCGCACACCCGCACGCGCUCGCGCGCCGACUCGGCCUCGGGGUCACGACGGCAGCGCGGCGAGAGCGUGUCGUCUGGCAGUGCCGCUACUGCUGCGGGGGUCUACGCCGCCCUCGUGGACAGCAACGACGACGACGAGCCAGCGCCGAGUUCCUCUUCGUCCAAGCCGAAAGCCCGCGCCAUGUCGCCCAUCGCGCGCAAGGUACAUGCGCGCCGCGUGUCGUCUUCGACAUCUCGCCGCUUCCUCACGACGCCGAAGCGCGGAGCGACGACGACACCGCAGUCACCCCCGGCCUGGGUCCCGCCUUUUGCUCGGCGGCUGCUCCGCCCCGCCCGCCCACGGCGGCUACUCCUCCUCCUCGUCGUGGUGGCCACGCUCCUCCUCCUCCACUGGCUCGGCGACGACGGGCUCCUCGACCACGUGAGCACGCAGCCCUUCCGCUGGCUUGCGCCGCCUGAGCCGCCGUGCAGGUUCGUGUCGCCCGUCGAAGCGUACUUUGCCGACCUGGCGCGCCUGCGAGGGAUCUACGGCAACGCGUCGGCGACAACGACAACAGCUGGCGCGGAGGCGCUGCGCUCCGCGGCGGCGGCACAGCACAAGCACUCGCACCACGUCUUCUCGAGUACCGGCCACAUGGUGGUGUCGAAGGACGAGUCGGCGCCGCACCCGAUCCCCUUGCUGCUGGCGCUCGGCGAGCGGCGGUGGGAGGAGCUGCUUGCGCGCCAGAGCCGCACGCUCGCCGAAGCGACGAUGGAGUACGAGCGGCGGUACGGCCGCGUCCCGCCCAAGGGCUUCGACCUGUGGUGGGCGUUUGCGAGCGAGAACCAGCUCGUCCUGCCCGACGAGUACGACCGGAUCAACCUCGACCUCGCGCCGUUCUGGGCCUUGCCGCGGAAAGAGGUCAGACGGAGGCUCGCGAAGGUCAUGAAGAUGAACGAGGUGUUUGUGCUGGAAAUCAAGAAUGGGCGCGUGCGGCCCCGCAUCGAGGACAAGGGCGGUCUGGCUUGGGAAGGGACGUGGCCACGGGCCAAGGCAGCGGUGAAACUCGUUCGAUCCUUCGCCCACCACCUCCCAGACCUCAAUGCCACAUUUUCCAUCUUUGACCAGCCACAGAUCUAUCUCUCAUGGGGACGCCGCUCGUCCCUCGCCUCGCUCGGACUCAAGGGGCAGCACACGUCCCUCCUCGACGAGGAAGACAACGGCAAUGUCGAGCUCGGACGAUCGUGCCCGCCCGACUCGGCGCUGCGCACAAACCCAACAGGGUACGAGGGCAAGUCGUUCAUCUACAACAGCCUCGAGGCCGGAGACUUUUGCCACAACCCCUACAUUGUGCCGCUGCACGGGCUCACGCUCGAGGCCCACACGCCCGAGUCGCACCCGCGGCCGCACUCGCAGCUCCUUCCACUGUUCAGCCUGGCCAAGACGAGCAUCAACUCGGACAUUCUCGUCACCCCGCUCGACCAGUUCGCCGACCGCACGGGCCGCGAUCCCGUAUGGGAGAAAAAGUCGGACGCGCGUCUCGUGUGGCGCGGAUCACCAACGGGCAUGGCAGAGAUGACUCGCGACGUGCCGUGGCGCCAGUCCCACCGCGUCCGGCUUCACCACUUUGCAAACAACCACUCGUUGGGGUUGACGAGCUUCAUGGUGCCAGACCUCGGGCAUGGGCACGAGCAAGAGCACGCACAUGCCAACGGGCACUACGGCCAGUUGAGGCAGAAUGUGCCGCCGCUGGGAUACAGGACUGAGAAUGGCUCGGCGUGGGGGGUAGGCAACUACUUCUUUGACAUGGCGCUUGCCGGACAGCCGAUCCAGUGCGACGAGGACGACGGAACCUGCGACGACAUGGAGCGUGAGAUUAAAUUCGCGCGGUUCCAGCGGUCGACCGUCAUGAACAAGCACAAGUUCUUGCUCGACAUUGACGGUAAUGGCUGGAGUGGGCGCUUCAGGCGCCUCAUGAGCACAAACUCGGUCGUCAUCAAAAGUGGCAUCUUCACAGAGUGGUUUCAGCCGCAUCUCAUUCCCUGGUUCAUGUACAUUCCUUCAAAGCUCGACUUUUCCGAUCUCACCGAUAUCCUCGCCUUCUUCCGCGGCUCGCCAAAGCAGCCUGACCUCAUGUUUGACGGCACGGCCAAGGCGCUCGCCCACAACGGCAAGUGCUUUGUUGAGCGCAUGUUCCGCCUCGAAGAUCUGCAGGCGUACAUGUUCCGCUUGUUCCUCGAGUACGCACGGAUUGUGGCCGACGACGACGAGGACAUGGACUUUCACUACGACCCGCUGCUACACGAUCCUGUGGACCAGGAUGUGUCGGGCGAGAAUGGCGACGACGAGGACGACGAGGCGGAGCGGGUCGACCGCGUGCCAUUCCUUGGCGCCGAGGACGUGCUCGGCGGUGGGGAGGCACCCCCUCGCACCACUGCCACAAGCGAACAGCAUCACACUGCGCCGUCACGCACCCCGAGGCCGCUCGGCGGCCAGAAUGGGAAGGUGACAACCACAGGCCCAAACACGCCCCCUGGUGAGGGAGCAAGACGGGGACCGGAAAGUUCGGCGGGGUCGGUGCGGCUGCCCACUACUACAGCUGCAGACGCCGAAGCCACGACCGACCCCGAAGGCGACCACAUUAUACCAUUUGAUCAAGCCAUGGCUGAGCUCGAGCAGCCCCCAUCACACGCAUCAGCAUCAGCAUCAGCACUAGCACACGACCCGACUACUGCAUCGGCACAGAGACGGCCACAAGUCACGGACAGUGACGACGCCGAAGAAGAUGACGACUUUAUGUAACUCUUUCAGGAACGAAGCCAGGGGGUCUCAUGUUAGAGAUCGCGCGGCUGCCUGGGCUCCAAGGCUCUUGUCUGCCCACAGUGCUGCCUGUCUGGUCCCUGGCCCUGCAUCUUGACACAGACUCCACCCAUCUCACUCUCCCUUUUUGUUAUUCUUGCCCAUCCCCCCCCCGCAACAGGUUAGCUGCAUUAGGACGACCGAGGCAUUGUGUUGUAGAAUACUAGAUGGAUC